GGAUUUGCAGGUGGUUGGCCAUCCAUCUUUACGUUAUCGGUACGGCCGGCGUUUUAUGGUGUUUUCUUUGGUUCUUCUAUGUUUCGGAUCGACCGUCACAUAGUAAACGUAUUUCUAAGAAAGAGCUAAACUAUAUUGAAAAUUCGUUAGCUGACAUAUUAGCACCGGAUUCCAAGAAGAAAAGACCAGUGCCAUGGCUUUCCAUAUUCAAAUCACUUCCCGUUUGGGCAUUAUUCUGUGGUCAUUUUGCCGGUGAUUGGGGUGCUUACAUCAUGAUGACCAGUCUUCCGCUAUUCAUGAAUGAUGUUUUGGGAUUAGAUUUUGCUUCGCUUGGAUUUUUGACGGCAAUUCCGUACAUUGCAUAUUUCGUAUUUAUUAAUUUGGGCGGUUUUAUUGCGGAUAAGUUGCAAAAUGCAAAUAUCCUAUCAACUAUAGCAACUCGACGUCUUGCUAUGAUCGUUGCGCUUGGAAGUCAAGCUGCAUUUCUGAUAGCUAGUGGUCAUUGUAGUUGCGGUCAGGAGACCCUAGUGAUUACAUUCCUUACUCUUGGUAUUGGUUUGUCCGGAAUACAGUACGCCGGUUUUGUGGUUAAUUAUCUCGAUAUUGCACCAACAUUCGCUGGACCUCUACUAGGUAUCGGCAAUACGAUAACAUGCAUCGCUGGGAUCAUAGGACCACUAAUGGUUGGCCAACUUACUCCCACGGUAACCUUUAUUUAA